AACCGCAAGAAGUGUAUUCACUUUGCGAGAGAGUAAACAACUAGAAGUGUUAAUUAGAAGGAAUUAAUGGGGAUGAAGGUAGAGCAAGUUCUUCACAUGGUUGGAGGAGCUGGAGAGACCAGCUACGCCACCAAUUCCAGGGUUCAAGAGAAGGCAAUACUUGAAACGAAGUCCAUAGUGGAGGAGGCCGUGAGAGAGGUCUAUAAGACCAUCCUGCCUGAGAGCAUGGUGGUGGCUGAUUUGGGUUGCUCUUCCGGUCCUAACACGUUUCACGUGGUCUUCGAGGUGAUCGAUAUCGUCGACGAUCAGAGCCGACGGCUGGGACGCCCCUCGCCGGAGGUGCAGUUCUUCUUGAACGAUCUCCCGGGGAACGACUUCAACAAUAUUUUUCAGUCCCUGGAAGGAUAUGAGGAGAAAUUAAAGGGGCAGAAAGGAGAGCGGAUUCCGCCGUUCUAUGUUGUGGGAGUGCCUGGCUCUUUCUAUGGGAGGCUUUUCCCCUCUCGGAGCGUUCAUUUCUUUCAUUCUUCCUUCUGUCUUAUGUGGCUCUCUCAGGUUCCUCCGGGAGUGGAGAGCAGCACCGGUGUUCCAUUAAAUGAGGGAAACAUUUACAUAUGGGAGACCAGUCCACCUAGUGUGGUGAAAUCAUAUCAAGAGCAAUACCAGAGGGACUUCGCGACAUUUCUCGAGUCCCGCUUCCAAGAACUCAGUUUCGGAGGUCAGAUGGUCUUUACAUUUUUGGGAAGGACGAGCAAACAUGCUGCAAGUGGAGAAUUGAGCCAGCUUUGGGGACUACUGGCUGAGGCACUGAAUUCUAUGGUCCUGGAGGGUAUCAUACAAAAGGAAAAAGUGGAUGCAUUCAAUUUGCCUUUUUAUGCACCUUCCAUAGAGGAAGUGAAAGCAGUGAUACAAAGUGUAGGAUUAUUUGAUCUCGAUCAAGUACAAAUAUUUAAGUCAAACUGGGAUCCACUUGAUGACUCUAGUGAUGAUUACAUAUAUGAUAAUUUUCUAAGCGGAGAAAAUGUGGCAAAGAGUAUAAGAGCAGUGAUAGAACCCGUGAUUGCACGCAACUUUGGGGAGCACAUACUUGAUGAUUUGUUUUCAAGAUAUGCAAAGAAUGUUGCGAGGCACCUCUUGAAGGAGAAGACCAAGUAUCCUGUUUUUGUCAUUGCUUUGAAGGCAAAAAUGGUUCCUCCGGGAGUUGAGAGUGACACGGGUAUUCCACUAAAUGAGGGAAACAUCUGCAUAUCAGAGAUGAGUCCACCUACUAUGGUGAAAUUAUAUCAAGAGCAAUAUCGGAGGGACUUCACGACAUUUCUUGAGUCCCGUUUCCAAGAACUCAGUUCCGGAGGAUGAAUGGUCUUAACAUUUUUGGGAAGGAUGAGCAAACAUGCACCAAGUGGAGAAGCAAGCCAGCUUUGGGGAGAACUGGCUGAGGCACUCAAUGCUAUGGUUGUAGAGGGUAUCUUGCAAAAGGAAAAAAUGGAUGCAUUCAAUUUGCCCUUUUAUGCACCUUACAUAGAGGAAGUGAAAGCAGAUAUACAAAAUGUAGAACCAUUUGAUCUCGAUCGAGAGCAAAUAUUCCAGUCAAAUUGCGAUCCCCUCGAUGAUUCUAGUGAUGAUUACAUAUAUGAUAAUUUUCUAGGCGGGGAAGAUGAGGCAAAGAAUACAAGAGCAGUGAUAGGACCCAUGAUUGCACAUGACUUUGGGGAGCACAUACUUGAUGAUUUGUUUUCAAGAUUAGCAAAGAUUGUUGCAAGGAAUCUCUUGAAGGGGAAGACCGAGUGUCCUGUUUUUGUCAUGGCUUUGAAGACAAAAAUGUGA